AUACUUGGUUUAUCUGUAAUAAAAAAUAUACUUGGUUUAUCUAACAACUGUAAUAUAAAAUAUACUUGGUUUAUCUGUAAUAUAAAAUAUACUUGGUUUAUCAGUAAUAUAAAAUAUACUUGGUUUAUCAGUAAUAUAAAAUAUACUCCGUUUAUCUGUAAUAUAAAAUAUACUUGGUUUAUCUAA